AUGGCUAAUUCUAUGGCCUUGUUAACACAGCGUAAUUGUAUUCAAUUCGCUACCGCGCCGAUACCCACUUUCGAUGGCGAGAAUCCAGCUUUGUCGGUUUUCGCUCAGAGUGUAGAAAACGGGCUCGCGUUAAUACCAGAUACGUCGGAAACAGAGUAUCUGAGUAUCGUGUUGACUAAACUCACCGGUCCGGCGCGGAUUAGUAUCCAAGAUAAACAAUUCAACAAUGUAACUCAAUUGUUACAACAUUUGAAAAAACGAUACGCUCCUGGGAAGAACUUGGCGUAUUUCCAAGCUGAGGUUUCGCGCCUUAAAAUCCGUGAGGACGAAUCACUAAGGAAGUACAUCGACAGAGCCAGCAAACUUGCCCAUGGAUCUCGUAUCGCGAUCCGCGAGAGGUACACGACCAACGUGGAUCAGCUCAUCAAGGAGAUGGAAAUGGACAUCUUGGAGAAUUUCCUUGAGGGUUUACCGGAGCGUGUGGCCUGGAGAAUCGCCGCUCUGGACAAAAAGAUUAAAACUUUAGAAGAGGCGUACGAAGCUGUGUUACAAAUUGAACGUCGCCUCAAGAACCGACGACAGAUUCAGGAGAAGGCAUCACCUAGUCGUCGUAGAGAAGAGGAUUUUCUCAGCUGGAGACGUCCUCGAGAGAAGGAACACAGGCGUAUGUACCCUCAGUCACCGUCACCCUAUCGGCAAAGACCAAGGGAUCGCAGCACAUCUGGUUCCGAACCGGAGUUCGAAGAACGAGCUUCACGUGCAACAGCGUUGACUUUACGUAAGCAUGAUUAUUCACGCUCUCCAAACCACUCACCGGAGGCGCCAAAAUAUGACGAGCCGUUCAACACCAAACACGAUGUUUACGACUUUUAUUGCGCAAACUGCAGUACGGAAGGGGCUGAAAUUUCCUAUUACCAUAAAACCUUGGUAACUCGUAACCAACCUAUUAAACCUAUAUUCUUCAGUAACGCUGAGGAGAUGGAACUGCAUCCAGUAUUGCCAAUUAAACAUAGAUUGCCAGGACGCACAGCUCUCCAAAUUGCAGUUCCAGUCGCAAAUCCGGAGGUUAUGGAAGGGUACCUAGCACGAAUCAAGACUCCUGAACAGGUCUACAUUGGAGAAGCAGCAGUCUGCAAUCAUGAUGGAAUUUGCUAUGUCCUAGCCACAAACACCGGAGAAGACGAAAUCGAAAUCGACAUUGAACCACAACGCAUACAUCCGUAUGAGAUUUUUGACUCAUCAGAUGACGAUCCUAUUCCUUCGUAUCUAGCAAAGGAAACAAAGGAAGACAGAACUACACGUAUCCAAGAUCUUUUAAGGACCGAUCAUCUAAACUCUGAAGAACGACAACAUGUGUUCAAAAUUGUCAGGGAAUUUUCUGAUAGAUUUUUCCUACCUGGAGAUAACCUGGGCAAGGUUCCAAAUUUUCAUCACUCUAUUUACACAACAGACGACAUUCCGAUUAAUACUAGACAGUAUCGGUACCCACCAGUACAUCAGGAGGAGAUACAACGACAGGUUGGAGCUCUGCUAUCGCAGGGUAUUAUUAGACCAUCCACCUCACCAUACAAUUCUCCUUUAUGGAUUGUACCGAAGAAACCGGACGCCGAUGGUAACAAACGUUGGCGAAUGAUUGAAAUGAACCCAAAGGACAGACAGAAGACCGCGUUUACAACACCACAUGGACAUUUCGAGUUUGUGCGUAUGCCUUUUGGUUUGAAGAACGCACCACCGACAUUCCAACGCGUCAUGAACCGGGGAAUAUGGACUUACUCUACAGACUAA